AUGUUUCAAAGGACCAAAAGGCUGUUCAAAAGAAGCAUUGAAACAUUCAAGUCCUACUUCUCCGAUGGUUACCAAAAGCUUCCUAAAACCCCAUCAUACAAUGUCGGUUUCAGCCCAACAAAUAUGUACUCUGAAUUCGUCGAUCAAUGGGAGGCUGCAGACCGCAUUAUGGCAGUUGCAUACGAAAAUAAUACAGACAACUUGAAGCACAAGAAAUCAUCUAUGUUGAUCAAUCAACAUGAAGUUAAUAGAAGGAAGCAACAUAAACACGAAGAAACAACACUUAAAGGAGAGGAAAAGAGGUAUAUGGUGACAAGAAGGUUGAAAGAAUUGGAACUAUUCGAUGGAAAUAAUGUGGAUCAUGUUCUUGAUAUUCAAGAAGUUCUUCAUUACUAUUCUAGAUUAUCAUGUCCUACUUAUCGUGAAAUGGUCGAUAAAUUUAUGAUGGAUAUAUACUCAGAGGUCCUUAGUUUACCAAGUCGAUCUUGA